UGUAAUUUAAUAAAUAACAAAAAUUAUAAUAUUUACAACAAACAAAAGGAAAAGAAAGAUUGUUAAAUCAACUAGACAAAGAUGAUGUUGAAUAUAUAACAAUAGAAAAUACAAUUCAGUCAAUUCCUUUUGUUACAGGUUCUAAGUACAGCAGCAUUUCACGUUGUUGAAACAAUGUACAGAAGCUAUUUCAUAAUACAUUGUAUUGCGUAAUAUAGAUAGUAUAACUUAUAUAGUGUAGAUAGUGUUUCCAACAUGUGAUUAAUGCAAAGAGAGAAAUAGUUUUUUAGUAAUAUAUAUUUGUUAUCAACACAUGCAUUCAUUUUUAAAAAUAUAUAUAUAUAAAUGGAUAAAGGAAUCUCUAUAAACUUCUAAUGUAAAUUGUAAAAUUGAAAAGAUUAACAGAUGGUAAAAAUUUUCCACUAUGUUAAUUUUCAUUUCUCUCGACACUGUACUUUCAAACUACGACAAUUUUUCUCAAACCAUUUUGUCUUUCCACCACCGGGCUCCUACUUCUUCAGAACUUCACAGAGGAUUUACAAUAUCGUGAAUCAUGCAUAACUCGUUGAUCACAUACAUUACGUACGUAAGUAAUAGAUAAAGACGUAUAAUAUAGCAAUAUUCUCUUUCCUCUUACUCACGAAACAAUAUCACUGUAAUGCAUAACGAAUAUAACGUUAUAUGCACGAGUAGAGAAGGAUCAAAGAGAGAGAGAAAGAGCAAUUGAAUUUGAAAAGUUUUUCGAUAAUUAAUAGAUAGAUUUCCCCCUCUAUAAAUUGCGUCGAAUUGGAUAUAUCCGAUUGGAUCCAAUAUGACUUUAAAAUACCGUGGAGACGUUUCGUUCAGUUUAGCCACGUUUUUUCUAAGGGUCGUCGGCUUUUGGCUGGCCAGCAGUCGCCUCGAGGAAUGGUUCGGGAACGCAACAGUGAUGUACAGUAUAAUCACUAUCAUUUUUUCCAUGUGGGUACAAAUGAGAGGGCUUUACUUCUCUUGGGGAGACUUUGGCGUAUGCACUUUCAUCGUGUGCAAUAGUUUGGGACUAGUAAUGGAUCUAUUAAAGAUAUUGGUCGUGUUUGUACAUAAGAAGAAGUUUCUUGGUUUGAUCGCAUACAUGCAGAAGAAUUUCUGGCACUUGGAUUACGAUCAACGUGAAAAUUCUAUCAUAGCAGAUGCGAGGCAACUGUGCGUCUACUUUGUCUGCGUCUUUUCAUUCUUCUCUCAGUCCACAGUUUUUUCUUAUAUGUUCAUGCCAAUGAUAUCAAAUAUUGGGAAGAAUGAAUCGGAUAGGAUACUUAUAUUUAAUAUGUGGCUAGAUCUGCCAUUGUCUAUGUCGCCAUAUUUUGAAAUAAUUUACGUGAUACAGGCUUUGUGUUUGUAUCAAGUUGGAAUAUGUUAUCUUUGUGUGGACAACAUGUUUUGCAUCAUGUGCCUACACUUAGCUAGCCAGUUUCGUAUAUUGCAAUAUAGGCUAGCCAAUGUAUCGAAUGUAGAAGAUGAAGAAGGUGUCGAGGAAAACAUGAAUUCUUCGAACAGAUGUUACGCCAUAUUAAAAAAUUGCAUUCGAUAUCAUCAAGCUCUAAUUCAAUUCUCCAUCACGCUCGAAGAGAUAUUUACAAUAAUUACGCUUGGACAAGUUCUAAUAUUUAGCACGUUAAUUUGUUUCGUCGGAUAUCAAGUGCUUUUGGUGAAUAUGACUUUAUCAUGGAGAAUUUCCUUCCUAUGUUUCUUAAUAACAAACAUGUGUCAACUAUGGAUGUUCACCUACAGUUGCGAUUGCAUGACACGAGAGAGCGUGAAUGUUGCCUCGGCUGUGUAUUGCAUACCGUGGACACGUAUACCAAUGGAUAAAUUUGGAAAAAUGAUACGAAAAGAUUUGCAAUUCAUUGUCGUAAGAUCUAGACGUGCUUGUUGUCUAACGGGUUGUGGCUUCUUUGACAUAUCUCUUGAAACUUAUACCAAGAUCAUGAGUACAGCUAUGUCAUAUUUCACUAUAUUAAAACAACGGAUCGUAGAAGUAGAAAAUACAUAAUUCCUUCACUUUUAAAGUUGCAUAUGUAUACAAGAAGUAUAUAAAUAAUUGGUGAUACGAUCAAAUGAUAAGUAAAAUGAGGUUUUCUCUUUCUUUUCUUUUCAAAAAUUUCAUUACACAUCCGUAAAUAAUAUCGAAUAUGCAUAUUUAUA